AACAGGUCUAAAGUCUGAAGUAUAAUACGGACAUGCUUUGACGUCACUUUAUCGAAUAUUGUGGCCAACGGUUGAUAUCUGUCUAAUUAUCGAAAUUGAACGAAAUAUUAUUUAGACUUAACUGUGUUCAGCUUUUUAGUAGACAUAAACGAAUUAUUCGAGAUGUCUGCAUUGCCAAAACCUCAGCUCCGUGGUCUUCAUGCGGCGCAGAUUAAAAAAAACCUUAUAGGAAUGGCGAUAGUCAGUAUCAGUGGGACUUUGUUAUACAAAAUACUUGUCUGUGAUAAAAGGAAACGGACAUAUGCUGACUUUUACAAAACCUAUGAUGCAGAGAAAAAAUUACAAAUAAUGAAUGAAGCCGGUCUUAUGCAGUCUUACAUGCACAAAUAGAAGAUUCAUAGAUUAUUGUAGGCAAGAACUUAAAAAGAUGUAAGAAAAAGAAAAAUAGUCUUUUUCAAAAUUAUAUAUUAUAUCUCUGUACAUGUUAUAAUAAAUAAACUUACGUAUUUAGACUUA